CAAAAUUAACUCAACUUUCUUAGUUACCUUUUAACAAUCAGUGUAACCACAAGGUCUUCAACUUUUUUUUUUGUUCAUUUACCGUUAAUUGUGAUUAAUAUUUUAUCAUGAUUAAGUUAAUCAAUUGACUUGUGAUUUUCUGUGAUUGAUUGUGUGUUUAAUAUCCAUGGUUUAAUUUUAAUUUGUUAAUUGUUCACAUAAUUGAUAACCCUCUGGAUGGAUUUUAACUGUUAACCAUUUGGAAUUGUUCGUUGAUUGUUUUUAAUCAAUUUUCUUUUUCUUCUUAUUCCUGAAAGUUAAUUGUUAAUCUAAAGUGAAUCUAUUAUUUGGCAAAAAGGCAUCUAAUUGGUGCCCAGAGACAUCAAUUAAAACUGAUCAUCAGCCCAACAAUCAAUCAUUUUUACCCAAAACUGUUGCUCGAUUAACUAUUUGCUAUUUAUUGGUGUUAAUUAUGUUUCAAUUGUUGAUUCUUCUUUUAAUUGCUUCGCUUAAUUUUUACAAUUCAUCGGGACAACAUCAUGCUCCACAUUAUUAUGGAAAAUAUCUUGGGAGUUUAUCACCGAAUUCAGUUCAUUCGGUGAAAGGAAAAGUGUAUGCAGUCAAUGAAACUGCGAUUUUCAUUGAAGACUUUUCUUACGACGGAGCUGGACCAGAUGCAUAUUUUUGGGCUGGUUCCUCUCAAUCGCCAGAUAUAAACGGCUUCAUCAUUCCCGAUUCACUUGGAAGAUAUGCUGUUCUUAAAGGGUAUUCCAAUCAAAAUGUUCUACUUAAUCUACCCAAAGGUCGGACACUUCAAUCCAUUAGGUGGAUUUCGAUUUGGUGUCGUAGCUUUACAGCUGAUUUUGGACAUAUUAAAAUACCUGCCAACUUUGAACCUCCCAAACCUCUUAACCUUGGACCUAUUAGAGGUUUAGCUCAUGGAACCAGCGCUUCAGCGGUGAUCAUUAUGGAUGCGAAAACUUUGUUCAUCAAGAAUCUUUAUUAUGACGGAGCAGCUCCAGAUGCCUUCUUUUUGGUUGGAACUGGCGCUAAACCACAUCCAAGAGGUCAAAAGGUUCCCGAUGAAACGAACAGCUUGGAAAAGCUUCAUGGUUAUUCUGGUGCUGAUGUUUGGCUUCGUUUACCUCGAGGAUUGACCGUAAUGGAUAUCGAUUGGUUCGGACUUUAUUGUAUAACUUAUCGGGAAGAUUUCGGUAAUGUUCGGGUUCCCAAGAAUCUCAAUGUUCCUCCUGAUUAUGUUUUCCUUGAGAGCAAAGUAGAACCCUUUAUGAGUUGUUUAACUAUUUUCCCUGGAUUAAUGCAAAUUAGUUGGGAAGUUAGAGAUCAAGAGAUAUUUUUCCAGCUCGAAGGAAAAGUCGAACCUAAUCAAUAUUUGGCCUUUGGUUUGAGCGGAAGUUCAGAACGACCUGAAAUGAUUGGUGCCGAUGUUGCCGUAACUUUUUACGACACCUUAACAAGUUCAGUUCAAGUUGUUGAUUACACACUGAAACACAAAUCUCAGUGUGCACCUCAAUCUUAUUCUGGAGCUUGUCCAGAUGAUUUAACUCUUGGUGGAAGACAAGAUUUAAUCAUGAUCUCUGGUAAUUAUCUUAAUGGUUACCUCAAGUCGAUUUACAAGAGAAACAUAAUAACCGGUGAUCCAAAUGCUGAUCAGGAAAUUUUACCUGAUGAAUAUGCGACAAUUGUGGCCGCUAUUGGGCCGGUCAAUUCUCGUCGUCAAACCGCUUAUCAUAAUAUUAAAUAUACUCGAGCUACCGAUCUACCGAUACGAAUUGCUUUCAAUAAGAUUCCUUUGAAUCGUAACUGUUCAUCUCUUAAUACCGAUAAUCUUAUCUCAAGUUCCGUUCGAUCGCCAAUUAAAUCGAGAGCAUGGAAACAGGAUAGGAUAAGAGAUACAACCAUUUUACGAGCACAAAUUGGACCCGCUGGAGGUGAUCGGGGUUACACAGCGAUUACAGGUCUUCAAUCCUGGGGAAUUGCUUGGUGGAUUAACGGUAAAUUAAUUCCAGAGAUUGUUGUUCAACGAGGUAAAAAUUACACCUUCAUUGUCGAAGGUGGAAAUGACCCAUCAAACCAAGCCCAAUAUCAUCCACUUUAUAUUACCGAUAAUCGUGAAGGAGGUGGAGGUCAAGAUCCAUCGAUUCUUGAUACUCCAGGUCAUCGGGUAUUCGCUGGGGUUACAUUUAAUCGAGGUGGUCCUGAUCCCAAUCCGGGUGCUGGUCGUUACUGUGAAUGGAAACACCGAUCAGGUAUUGAUAGAGCAAACGAAGUUGAUUCCGUUGAAGAAUAUAAAGAAACACUUCGAUUAGACUGUAAACCCGGAAGUCCGGCCAUUUUUACAUGGACUCCUGAUGAUAAAACUCCGGAUGUUGUUUACUAUCAGUGUUACACUCAUCGGAACCUUGGAUGGAAAAUCUUAGUUAGCUCAAGUUUGAAACUCACCAACAGUAUAAGUUUAAUUGCCAUUCUAAUCUCAGUGUUAUUGUUACUUUAAUUACGAACCACCAACGAAAUUUAGUAUAAAAGUUAAACAAUGAAAAUGAUAAAGUUAUUUUUUCACUUUUAAUUAAUUUAUAAUUUGGAUAAACGUAAAUAUUAAUACAAUUAACUAUGUACAUUUUCAUACAUCUCCAAAAUUAAAUGGAUCCAAAAUCGGAUCGCAAUCAACUCAACACUCAGAAUGAAUGGAAAGUACAAGAGAUGAAACAAUCAACAUCACCAUCAUCAAGAUGAUCAUUCAAAAGUAAUCAAAUCAUUCAUGUUAACAAAUGAACAACAUUCAAAUCAAUUAAAUUCGUGUGUGUGUGUGUGUGUGUGUGUGAUGAAAACAAUCAACAUGAGAUUAAUAAUAAUCAUGGAUUAAGUUGAAAUAACUGUAAACACAAGUGAUCAACUAGAAGACAAAGGAACCACUAACAAAACUGACCAUCUCAAAGUGACCUCAAGUUUUAAUUAUGACUUUUAACCCGUUGGUCUCGCUUGGGAUGACAACUGAAUCUUGAUUGUUACAAGGAAAAUGUUUGUCUCAAGGGAAUGGUCAUUUCAAUGAUAAACAGACCGUUCCAAGAUUCGUAUCAUCAUCGUCAUCAUCAUCAUCAUCAUCUAGCAGCACACAACUAUCAUCAUAACAGUAAUCAUCAUCUAAUUUCAUCACCAUUUUCAUCUUAAUCAUCACCAUCAUCAUCAUCAUCAACCUUUUGUUUUUAACCUUUUUCUUCAAGUUGACAAUUUUUCCUUCAAAACUCUCAUGCCAAAUAGGAAGACGAGCAAGACGAAAGAGCCAGAAAUUGAUCACAAUUUACUAAAUAAUAUAAUUAAUUGUCGAAAAAAAAAAUCAAAGAAAUAAUAAAAAAAUUAAUUAAAAUCAAAUUUUCUCAUCAAUUGAAAUUGAAAACUAAUCAUUUGAUUAACAAACUUUUGCUGAAAAUUUCAACGGAUGUUGAUCAAAAUAAAGG